GUCAGACACUGUGCGCCGGGGAUUGUCCGUUCAGCGCUCCUUAAAAGCUUCUGCACCAGGCAUAUAGAAACAGAAUAUCCCUCUAAUAAACGACAAAGGAAACGAAAACAUGGAUAGCGAUGACGAUAACAUAGAAGAAGUGGUGGAAGGGCCUUUGGAUGAAGAUGAGCAGCCUCAUGGUUUCUGUACUGUAACAUAUUCCUCCAGUGACAGAUUUGAGGGACUCUUUGUUCAUGGGGAGAAGAAUGGAAAAGGAAAAUUUUUCUUUUUCGAUGGGAGUACGUUGGAGGGUUUCUAUGUGGACGAUGCUUUACAAGGUAAGGGCAUUUACACAUACGAGGAUGGAGGAGCACUACAUGGGAUGUACGUAGACGGCGAGCUCAAUGGACCAGCUCAAGAAUUCGAUUCUGACCGUCACCUGGUCUUCAGGGGCCAGUACAAGGACAACAUUCGCUGUGGCAUGUGCUGGGUCUACUACACGGAUGGUGGCUGUGUGGUGGGGGAAGUGAAUGAAGAUGGAGAGAUGACAGGAAAGGCGGUGGCCUAUGUUUACCCUGAUGGUUCCACGUCUUUAUAUGGCACAUUUGUAGACGGAGAACUUAUUGAGGGUCGACUUGCUACUCUUACCACUCAAAUGAACAGCAGACCACACUUCAGUGUUGAUCCAGACAGUCCUGUUUACAGAUAUGAUAAAUCCACUUCUUCCUGCAUUGCUGGAAAUAAACUGUUGCCAGACCCCUAUGAGAGCCAAUGUGUUUAUGUGGGACAGUCACUUAUCUCUGGAGCUGGGGAAGGGCUAUUUGCAAAAAUUGAAGCUAAGGCUGACACAGUGAUGGCUUUUUAUAAUGGAGUCCGCAUCACACAUUCAGAGGUUGACAGUCGUGAUUGGUCCAUGAAUGGAAACACCAUUUCAUUGGAUGAGGACACAGUGAUUGAUGUUCCAGAACCAUUCAAUCUGAUGGAGAAUUAUUGUGCAUCUCUAGGUCACAAGGCCAAUCACUCCUUCACCCCCAACUGCAAAUAUGGCCCGUUCGUCCACCCUCGUUUUGGGAAGAUAAAAUGCAUCCAAACAAUCCGUGCAGUACAGAAGGAUGAGGAACUUACUGUUGCUUACGGUUAUGACCAUGAGCCAUCAGGGAAGUCUGGUCCAGAGGCACCGGAAUGGUACAUGAAGGAACUGCUGGAGUUUCAGCAGAGUGAAUCGGGAAAAGGGGCUGAGGAGGCCUGCUGAAACCCCUCUCACCUCUGUCACCACUCCUCAAAAAUCAUUAUCUACCUUCUACCCGAAUAACCACCAGAAAAUCUAACCGUGUCCUCUGACUAUCUUGCAGUGUGCUAACACUAACAAAUAAUAAUUUUGUUUACUAUUCUGUUACCGUUUCUUCUCUCAAUAUCCUCAUUUGUUUACAAGGACUAUAACUGUGAAAUUUUUGCUCAAAUCACUGAGCUAGCUGCAAAAUUCUAUGGUUCUAUAGUGUGGAAGAUCUAGUAUGUGUCUGUUGGUUGUACUUCAGAAUACAGAGAUCGGAACAAGGGCAAGUGAUUUAUAAGAAUUUGGCUGAAAUCCAGGCAGCUAAAUUAUUGUUACUAUUUCUUGAGGUAUUCAAUGUCUUUAACACAACUAUGCAGUAUUAAACCAGUAUUUUGUCUUUUGAUGAUGUGUUCCCCUAAAUAGUUUUACAUGUUACAUGGUUGGUAACACCAGCAGUUAUUUACAAAUCAGUUGUGUCUCUUGUGGCAUAUAUGGAUAGAAUCUACAGUUAAAGGGGUAGUUCACCCAAAAAUUUAAAUUCCCUCAUGCCAUCAUCGUGUAUGACAUUCAUUCUUCUGAUGAACACAAACAAAGACAAAAGAAGAAUAUUUUUCUGCUCUGAUGGUCCAUUCAAUGCAAGUGCAUCUUUGCAGCUCAAAAGAGCAGAUCAAGACAGUUUUAAUGUAAUCCAUGUGACUCCAGUGAUUUAAUCCAUGUCUUCUGAUUAUAUGAUAGGUGUGGGUGAGAAACAGAUACAUUUCCCUCCAUCCCAAUAGGUGGCGAUAUGGACGAAUAAUGCAAAGCAAAAAAAAAAAAAGAAUGUUAAAAUGGAUGUUUAUAGUAAAAAAGGACUUAAAAAUUGCUUAUUCUCACCCACACUUAUAUUGCUUCUGAAGAUAUGGAUUUAACCACUGGGGUCUUAUGUAUUACUUUUAUGUGGCCUUUGUGUGCUUUUUGAAGCUUCAAAGUUUUGGCUACCAUUUACUUGCAUUGUAUGGACCUACAGAGCUGAAAUAUUCUUCUAAAAAUCUUCAUUUGUGUUCAGCAGAUGAAAGAAAGUCAUACACAUUGGAUAUGGUAUGAGAGUGAGUAAUUGAUGAGAGAAAUGUCAUUUUUGGAUGAAAUAUUCCUUUAACUUAAAAGGAUCUAGUGGUCUUGAAGUACAGUAUUAUAUAGGGGAAACAUUUUUGUGUUUGUUUUUCCACACUGAGAAUGAAAUGAAAAAAAUUAAUUGCCAAAAGAAGUGUUUACACAAGAUGAAUUUGUUGGGGAAAGAUUGAGGAUGUAGGUGAGAGUAAGGUUCAAAGGGUUAAGGGAAAUAUUGAUAUGGAACUGAACUUCAGCCUUUGAUAUGCAGUAGCUAUCUGCAAAGAUUUAUCAAUAAAAAA